CCACAUCACUUGCAGCGUUGUAAAGGAUCUACGGUAUAUUUUAAAACAUCGACGGCAAAGGUUGCUCCACACCACGCCAAGGUAUCGUUACAAACUUUGUGCUGCAAUAAUACUCAGUUUAAAACACGAUUUCUGUUUUGAAUUCUUCCACAUUUUUGCUCCAAGGGCUCUUAAAAACCAUUAAAGGUAAGAUUGAGCAGUACUUUCCAGGGGGAAGGGCUUUUUUCACCUCCGUCACUGCUGCAGACCUUGAUCGUUCGACCGAGUGAAUGUCGCUUUCCGCCAUUAUACUGAUUAUAUUUAACAAGAACUGACGCCCGAAGGCGUUUACGCGGGAUGUGUUGGUGUAAGUAAGAAUUGCUUGUAUGUUGAAUGGCAAUGGCAAGUUGAGAGGUGUAUAUAUCAACAACAAAUGUGUGCAGAAGAGACGGAGAUGUUCUGUUAUGGAAUAAUACACUAGAAGAUGAGUUGCACACUAGGGUUCCUUUGCUACUCAAAACAAAACUUACAUCAAUAUUACCACCAUAUAAAUUGUUAACAGUAUGGGGUAGUUCAGUAAAAUUUGCAUUCCCUUUACUAAUGUCCUCAAAAUAUGCACUUUGCCACUGAAGAAGACUGGAAAACCAUAAUCUGGAAUAACAAAGAAAUAAAAGUAGAAAACAAGCCGGUUUAUUAUAAACAUUAUGUUAAUGCGAGAGUCAUUUGCAUUCAGGAUCUUUUACUUAGUCUGAACAGCACUGAUUCUUAUAAUGAACUGUCUAAAAAAGUAUGCAAAACAAAUAUUUUAGAAUGGGCUGGCUUACGUAGGUCCAUUCCAUUAUCGUUAAGAGGUUAUGACAGGUAUCCCUCCAUAAACUCUCCAACAUUUGUGGUGGGUGACAAUACUUUUGAUGUUACGAAAGGGAAAUCAAAGGAUUACUACAACCUAUUCAUCAGAGAAAAAGCUAAACCGCCCAAUAUUAUUAAAAAAUUACAGAGUAACUUUCAUUUUAACAGCGACAAUCUGAGGCAAAUAUUUAAGCUGCCUCACUCUAUCGUUGUCGAAUCGUAUGUUAAAGCUUUCCAGUACAAGGUAAUUAACUCAAUUCUUUACACAAAUACAAAGUUGUAUAAAAUAGGUUUUAGAGCAAAUGAUUUAUGCUCUUUCUGUGACAAUCAACCCGAAUCAUUAACUCAUUUGUUCUAUCACUGCUCGCGCUCUAAACAGUUUUGGAUUGAAUUUGAACUUUAUUGGUGCCUUAUUUCGAAUCAACGAAUUCGUCUCUGCUUGGAAAAUGUGCUGUUUGGAAUUUUGACGGAAAAUACUUGCCCUUUGCUUCAACUGCUGAACUAUUUUAUAAUUAUUGGAAAACUCUAUUUGUGGGACUGUAGGAGCAAACAAAUCUUUCCAAACAUUUAUGGAUUUAGGGCCAAGAUCAUCGCUAAAUAUGAAACAGAAGAAAAAAUCAGCAACAAAGAAUUCUUUAAAAGAAAGUGGAUACUGACGCCUUAUUUAAGUUAACUGCAUUAACUUCGUAUUAUUUCAUUGCCCUGUUGUACUUUUUGUAAUCUCUUUUAGCCCUGUAUUAAUUUAAUAAUUUAAUAAUUAAUCUUGCUUUACUCUGUUAAUGUCUAUUGUUAAAGUGUUUUGUUUUUUUUUUUUCUGUAGUAUUGUAACUGUAAUUAUUUAAUGUGAUUAUCAAUAAAUAUAUUGGAAAAAAAAUAUGCACUUCCACAUUCAACAAUAGCAUGUUAUGUAUCAUACUUCCAAUGACUACAGUGCUGCAAGGCUGUGCUUCUAGGGAAAAUUUCAGGGAGCCUUUCGGGCUCCCAAGCAUUUUAGCUGGGGUGGCCAGGCCUGAAAGAUCUAGAUGGUCGCCCAAAUAAAAAUUUCAGGGAGCCCUUCGGUCUCCCAAACAUUUUGGCUUGGGUGCGGCCCGGGCCUCCAAGUUGGUCGCCCAAAGAAUAAAUCAGUAAGCUGUUAGUUAAUUAUUAAAAAUUAAACACAUUAUUUUCUAAACAGGUCAAGCAGAAUCUUGUGAAUAUUUUUUUCAUGAAAAAUCACAUCCUUUGACCUCCUGAGCGUGCCCCCCAAGAAACCGCUUGUUGUGGUAUGAAAGUAAGUUUCGCUCCAUAUGAGAAACAUGGGCAACGCCGCCGAAUAUUUCAUGUUUUUAAAUGGAAAAGUAAGAUUCUGGUCUAUUUAUGUAUUUUUUAUAAAACUUUUUGGGUCAAAAAUAAGGACACUAUUGUUUUUACUAAUCAUUUUGAUUUAUAGGUUGAAAAGAUAAUUCGCUUAAAGAUUGAUUGAGGUGUCAGGUACAGGAAGUAACUGCCGAUUUUCGGAGGUUGUGUUAUUCAUAUUUUAUAACCGGGAAUUAUUGUAGUUUUUGUAUUAUACACUGAAGGGUGUGAUAAGAUUGGAUUUCAAACUGUACAUUAAGAUUUUUAAACAAAAAUCAACUAAACUUCAAGUGUCUUUUAUAAAGUUGAUGUUUGCUUUAAAUAACUAUUUAAGGUCUCUUGAAAAUUUCGGUCUAACUAAAGACAAAACGUCCCCAGGAAUCUUCCAACGAAAGUACGGUUACUCAAAGUCCUGGAACUUUCCACCGGACCCAUCAGGAUUCGGAUGAGACGAAAAACUCUUCUAAAAGUUUCGAGUUCCCCUUUGACAUCCAAACAGUAAGGCAUGCAGUUCCAAAUAAACCAAUUCAAAUAAGCUUCCAUUAAAGCAUGAUUACAUAAACCUAAUUUGAACCAAUUCCGACAAACUGGUAACAUCUGGUCGUUGGCCAUGGGUGCCCGGAUCAUGACAAAAUUCCGUAUUCUUAGAUAGGUUUACACCGUAAAUGAUCAAAUGAUGUGCCCCGCAUGACAAUUGCCAAAAUAGCAAUUUGCGAAAAUGGAAGUCGCGAAACAGAGAAAAAUCAUUCAGCACUUAUUCCGAGAAUUCUUGCCGUUCUAAUAAGAGUUUUCUUAUUGUAUCAGUUUUUCAAUUUCAAGUUAAAAGUAAGGACUCUGACAUUGACGUAGAACUCUAUAAAAAAAAAAAAAACGAAAAAUAAAAAUAUUGUUCAAACGAGGCCUUAUUAAAACUGCUGAUUUUAAAAUAAAGUUACAACCCAAGCUUUCGCCUAUCAACGGCAUCAUCAGGGAAAAACGAUACUGAUCUCCAAACGACCUGGACGUAUCAAACGAUGGACUCGAUAGUCUUCAAUUUAUAGGUUGAGGUGAUAUGUUCACCACAAGCAUAGUUUUGUUGAGCACAAUUUAAAAAUUAGACUAAAACGCCUCCUACGUAAACGACACCCCCCCCCCCCCCCACUCCUGCGCUUGGGUUCCUAUAGCAUAAAAUAGACUCCUGGGCGUUUAUUAGAUCAUUUACUGUAACAUUGUAGGAGAAUCUGUUGAUGAGAACCUUUCCACAUUUGCUAAGGAGAAAUGUGUUUACCCUUGUUUUCCAAUUUUUCGUACCGGCCUUUCUGACCUGAUCGUUUCUAAUAGUCUCUCACAUUUACGUUUCCACGGACAGCGACUGGGCACGAGUCUGGAUUUGAAGCCGGAAGUCGAAAUUCCGAGAAAUCUAUUCAUUAUCCAGGCCUGUUGUUACACUGACUAUAAAAAUAAAUAGAUAUAAGAAAACAUUAAAUGAUGACUGCUCCAAUGUACUCUAUUCAUACGUCCUCUUGAGCCGUAUGAAGUCCGCUGGAGUCACACAGAUCACAACAUUCGAAGGGACAUUGCACAGUCAUUGCAUAAGAAUAUUAUUGUCUUUGAUUUAGCGUCAGUGUAGCGUGCUCUCUAACUUUUUAAAAGGUGUAAAAGUCCUUGCUUAGUGUACUCUUUGGCACUUCAAGGCUCAGUUAGAGAGUUAAUUUAUAUUACUUAUUUUAGUGGUCUUUAGUAGGAUCUCUUUACACAUCACUUUUCUUCUGAAGACCGUACAAAAUUCGCGGAACUUUAAUGAGGUUUGAUAAUCUGCAUAUAAAUGAGCGUCCUUCUGAGGCGUAACCGUUCAUUAUCCAUCUUAUGUAACUGUUUGGGAGAGCUUUGUACCACUAGGAGAUAAGAUUCUAGGCUUUUUUUAAACGGUUUAAUGUUUCUUCAAAGGCUACCUUACAGUAGAAUCAGUAAUGUUCCGACGAUCCACAUCACUUGCAGCGUUGUAAAGGAUCUAUAUAUUUUAAAACAUCGGCAAAGGUUGCUCCGCACUACGCCAAGGUAUCGUUAGAAACUUUGUGCUGCAAUAUUACUCAGUUUAAAACAUGAUUUCUGUUUUGAAUUCUUCCAAAUGUUUGCCCCAAGGGCUCUUUAAAAUUAUAAAGGUAAGAUUGAGCAGUAUUUUCCAGGCUAAGGGGGAGGGCUUUUUUCACCUCCGUCACUGCUGCAGACCUUGACCGUUCCUUAAAAUCGCUUUCUGCCAUUAUAUUUAAUAAUUUGUUGAUAGUGGUAGAUUGAUGCCUAAGGUGGCUGAAAACAGUUUUGGCAGUUUCUGAGUAAAUGUCAUUUGCCAAAUCAUGGCAAGAGAACCAUGAAGGUUGCAGCUCACUAGCUGAAACUUGGCAAGUGAAAAAUAUACUGAUGAAAGAUUUUGAUUGACAGGUAAAAUUUGACGUUUUCGUAGUUUUCAUGGCAACAUAAACGAUUGAAUACAGCCUUAAAAUUUCACUUUGGCUCAGUUCACAUAACAUUCGCUCAUUAGAUUUUCCUAUAAACGUACACACAGCUUACUAUAAUUAAUGAUUACCAUCUGAAACUUAUUUAACCAAAUUUUAGCAGACGGGUUUUUAGUUAAUCAAUAAUACAAUUGUACUGUAAUUAUUACAUGUGUCCCAAAAUUUGUCUGUUCAACUUCCAUUUUAAAGUUCUCAUUAUUUAAAAUACGAUAUAAAUAAAAAUUUUGCCAAAUAUCACAAAAUUUUAAUGACUAGAUUUUGAGAAUUCGUCUCCUGUGCACCAUUAUUUUUUGGCCGCCAUGUUUGUAAACACGCGCCGUCACGCGAAUUACCGCUGACCGCCCGCAAAACUGUCUUCAACCACCUUAAAGUAAUGUUGUUUCUUUUUUUGUUCAGCAUUUCAGAGAAGUUUUCAGUGAACUGAAGAGAGAAAUUGCAAGCAUGCAUAUAGUGCAAAAUUUUGGGCUCAUUAUUUGGUGUUGCUUUCUUUUCAUUAUCCUGUCUUUUGCUGAAGACAAUGAGGAUUCAGAUGUCAUUAAGCAAUGCAUGAAUUCCACCAAUUCAACGUCUUGCAGUUUAACUUAUGAACAUGUCUACAAAAGCUUGACAAAAAACGAGAACAGCUUUAACAUAUCCCGUGCCUUGUAUCCUGAAGGAGGAAAGCCAUCAUUUCUUGUCAGAGUAAAUGUUUAUGGGCCCAAUAAAACGGUCAACUCGACACCAGCAAAGUUUACCUGGAGUGUACACUGUCUGUUUUCUAAUUAUCCUGCAAUGCUACUUGAACUAUUGUCUCUUGGCUCCAUUAUUGUGACUUCUAGAACGCAAGAGCUCAACAUACAAAUUCCUGCAUUUUGUUGCAACUUAUCAGAGAACACAGAGAAAAGAAAGGAAAUGAUACAAGGAUUUCUUACAAGGGCACUAUUUGAAGUAAGUACAGAUUUUGUCUGAACAAGAGCGCUCUUUUCCUUUUCCAAUCGCUAUAAAAUUUUCACCAGUAAUAGACCUUUUUACCGAUAAGGCGGCCAUAUUGAAUUAAUUUGAUUUAACGAGUAUUAUAGGAUGCCCAGGGGGGCAUGAGCACAUUUCGUUUGUAUUUUCGAGCGCUUUUCGGGACAUUUUUUCCUAAAAUUUUCUUAGAAUAAGAUUGUAAUGGGAAAAAAGAUCCUUGUACCGUGUUUGGAUGUAAUAAUGAUCGCCUUUCUUCUGGUUUAGUAUUAGAAAUAUAAUCUUCCACUGUAAAUUUCUCGGAAAAAAGGCGAUCAUUAUUACAUCCAAACACGGCACAAGGAUCUUUUUUCCCAUUAUAAUGUUAUUCUAAGACAAUUUUACGAAAAAAUGUCCCGAAAAGCGCUCGAAAAUACAAACGAAAUGUGCUCAUGCCCCCCGGGCAUCCUAUAAUACUCCUUAAAUGGCCGCCGUAUCGGUAAAAAGGUCUAUUGGCUAUGGAUUGAAAUUUGUGAAAAUGUAGAUUUAAGUAAAAUCGAUAUUACUGUGACAACACUAAGCAAAAUCUUUGAAAUUUAUAAAAGCCGAAUUUUGUGCGAUCUGGACCAGCUACUGAAAUCCAACACUAGGAACUUAAAGUUUGGUGUUUAGCAAACAAUCUCCGUAAGAAGUAAAAAAUUCUGUAUCAGUGUUCGUAAAGUAGUUUUGUCUUGAAAUUUCAAGGUGUUGCAGUGAAUCAAUCUUAAUGAAAAUUUCAGACAUUAUUAUAUACACUAUGAAGAUUAUGUGAAGAGAUUUUAAAAAAAUCAAGAACGAAAAUACACCAAAAUUUCCUGGCGUCGAAAUAUCAUAUUUAGCAGCAUUCUGAGGCUACUUAAGAAUAAUUUGAGCAAUUUGUAACGUCUUUAUUAAAUAGUCUAUCACGGCUAUUGAAAAUUUAAGGUUUGAAGUAUAUUUUCGUUUUAGUCGAAUUCAAACAUACAGAAUUUUUAACUUCUUACGGAGGUUAUUUGCUAAACAGCAAACUUUAAGUUCCUAGUGUUGGAUUUGCAGUAGCUGGUUUAGAUCGCGUAAAAUUAGGCGUUUAUAAAUUUCAAAGUUUUUGGUUAUUGUUGUCAUAGUAAUAUCGAUUUUACUAGAACCUACAUUUCGACAAAUUUCAAUUUAUAGUCAAUCAUUGGUGAAGAUUUUAUAGCGAUCAGACAAGGAUAAAAUCACAUUUAAAGCAAUUGAAAAAUAUCGGUAUGGCCUCUGAAAAACUAUAUCGAAACACCUUAAAGCGGGGAAUCUUUAAGCGAAAUCAUGCCUGUGACCGCGACCGUGGUAUAGACAACGCAGAAAUGCUUCAGCAAUAAACCGCAUUUUCUAUGGGCCUAUUGGCUCAAUAACCCACGCGGGAUGUUAGGAGAACGCGAGAAAAAACUUGUAUAUCACGAGCCUAAGGCGAGUGAUUUACAAGUUUUUCUUGUUCUCCUAACAUCCCAAGUGGGUUAUUAUGCCGAUAGUCCCAUAGAAAAUGCGGUUUACUGCCUUAAUAUAAUAACCUCGACAGUUUCUGUGAGUUUACCAGCACAAUAAAUGAUAGUUUCUUGACCAAUCAGAGAGCAAAUACUAUCACAGUUCUAAAACGUGAUGUUAAAAAAAAACCACAUGACAUUCCAGACAAUAAAAACCAUUAUAGCUAUGAUUUAUAAAUCUGUUUUAGCAAGGUCUCCAAACCCCGGCUGGUCUCCCUGAGAGGUUUUUAAUUUUUUUUUUCAUUUUCCGACGAGCGUCUUCGUCACUUUUUUACGGAAGCUUUCCCCGGGCAUAAAUCCUUCAAGACUGAACGAGAAAUAUCAUCUGACUCUACUUCUAAACUUGCAAACUGAAUUUCUUGUUAUUCUCUAAAAUAAAAAAACUUUUUGCGAAACUUGUGGCAAAAAAAAAAAAAAAAAAUCGAGAAUUUGCUCAAUUUUCCUUGACGCCCAGGCUGUGGCCACCACAGUCAGCUACUAAAAUUGUCGCUCAAACAUCUAACCAGCGAUCAAGUUUAUCUUUCAAAAAAUACAAAUCAAGCAGACACCCGGUUGUGGCUUUCGGGAAACGGAAGACUGAGGAGAAUUUAACAUUUCAUGACAACUUUAUACAGUGCUCUACAGAGAAAUUAUCAUUUUCCACGCAGCAUUUUUGGCUGGAAUAUUCGUGUAUUUGUAGCCACUACGUGCUUCGUUUCACUUCUUUCUACUCUAUGUUUUCUGUUGGAGAUUUCAAAGUGCCUUUGUCGUGGUUUCAAAUUCGUAAUUUACUUACCUUCAUGUUGUUGUGGCUUUAAAAUUGCUAAGUAACUGACCUUCAUAAAAUGGGUUUUCUCGAAUUCAAGAAAAUGUGUUAAAAGUGACUAGCUGGAAUAUUUAGCUUCGAAUGAUGAAUAAAGCUGAGGCUAGUCCAACUUAACAAACAGAGUCCUUUUGUUCUAAAUAUUGAAAGACUCCGCAUUUUAAAGAGAUUCCCCGUUUUAACAUUCCCUAUUUUAAAGAUUCCCCAUUUUAAAGAUUCCUUGCCAGUCAAAGAUUCCUGCUUUUAAAGAUUCCCUGUUUUAAAUAUUCCCGCUUUUAAAAAUUCCCCGUUAAGAGUUUCCCUGUUCCCCGUUCUCCAUUCCUAUUCCCCGAUCCCUGUUCCUCGUUUUAAAUAUAGCUCUUGAAAUGGGCGUUUAGUCUCGCUUGCUUGGAGACUAGAUAAGAAAGGAGAAGGUGAUUAAUUCUACACGAAACAGGAUUUACUCGGUAAAGGUUUUUCACUCCCUACUUUAAUUUAUCGACGGUACUUUUUAUAUCGUUUUCGACGAUUUGGUGUAUAAUUAUACGAAAAUUCAAGGGGCCUCGAUUCGAGAGAAAUUACAUCAUUGCCAGAGAUUCCCCAUUUUAAAGAUUCCUCGUUUUAAAGAUUGCCCAUUUUAAAGAGAUUUCCCGUUUUAAAGAUUCCCUGUUUUAUAUAUAUAUUUUUUAUUUCUGGGGAUAAGACUGGCGGCGUGGCGAAAGCCAUGCAUAGAAAGCUCAGAAAAUGUUAAUUUGAAAGAUGUCGAGCUUUUCCGGAACGGGUCGGUUCACGAUUUCUAUCAGGGCGGAUAAAGGUUGAGCGGUGAAACGAGCGCGUCCGAGCAAAAAGGUGUGAUGCAGUGGACUGGGACUCUGCUUAGACUUAUUUUCGACUUCGGUCAGGGCUUGCGAUGUGGUUUGUCCAUUAAACACUGCCGCUGUCACUGAAUUAUGGCGGCUUGAUUUGUUUUCUUGCUGUCUCCGAGAGGCAAAUGUUGCUAUUUUUUACAGGGGCGUUUUGUUGGAGUAGACAAACAUCUCUUUCAAAGGGUUUCUCUAAUUACUUCCAUGACUCUACCACUGACUGAUAUUUUCGUUCUACUACUCGCCAAUGUCGAUGUUAUUCCAAAACAAAAAUAACUAAGUACUGUCUAAAACACGAAGGAAAAUCCCAUCCAUAGCAAAACUAAAAGACAGCAGAUCGUGUUUCAUAACAAGAUGAAGUGUAUUUUAUAAAUGCGUGUACCCUGCGAGCAGUGGUUUCUCCAGGCCGGACGCUACGCUUCGAUGGGAAAGAUACCACUGCGAGCAACCGUUUGCUUUUCCAUCGAGCAUGCGCGUCCACGUGAUGACUGCGAAUAUCCAACGACAAGACGGCAACGAGAACUUCAACAAAACAAUAGGUUUAAUAAGCAAAACAACAACUUUGCAAGUGCACCACGCUUUUAUUUUUGCCUUUUUUUGCCAUUUUUGCACGACUACGACGUGAAGCCAGUGCCUAAUUUUGCGUUUUAUGGAUAACGUAAACAAGCAACGACGAAAUUUAUUCUUCUUUUCGCUUUUGAACUUGGAUAUGGUCCCUUGGAAUUCAACUCCAUUUGGGUUCGCCUACAUUUGACAAAAUAAGUAGAUAGGAAUAAAUAAUCCAAAGAAAUACUGAAUAUCCACAGCAGGCUCGCGUUAAGGCAGCAGUUGUAAGCGUAAGCAAAUGCGCGAGAGCCUAAACUUGCUUUCAAACAGGAUUUACAUGUUUAAAGUUGACUUAUUCGUCCAUAGCGCUGGACGGCGGCUCGAUCAAAGAAGGAAACGGAUGCUCGCAGUGGUUUCUUUCCCUUCGUAGCGUAGCGUCUGACCCGGAGAAACCACUGCUUGCAGGGUAAAAUGCGUGCAGCUCGUGCAAGGUGAAAUUAUGCUAAUUUCAAUCACCAUCAUCCUUCUUUUUAAUUUUGAAAAAAAACAUCUUAUACGUCUUUCUGGUUCUUCGAAACUUCAAAAUUAGUUUCCCUCAGUUUUUACUAGUACUGUUUACCUUGUUUUGUUUUAGAGAGAAAAACGGAGAAAAAACCUUACAACUAACCACAAUAAAUUUUGUUUACAUGCGGUUGCCUGAUUUGCGACGCAUUGCGUGAAUCGCCAUUGCGCGUUGCACGCGAGAAGCAAAGUUUGAAGCAGUACAACGCCACUAUAUCAAAAUAUAUCAAUCUAAUUUUUUGUUAUGUUAUAUAAAAUUUAUCCCCCUUUAACAUAUGUAAAAAUUGAGGUUAAGAAGUGUUAGGCUUUUGCAAACGAAACGGCGAAAGACGAUUAGGUGAUAUUUAGUGGAAGGAGGAGGUAUUCAACACUUUCAAAUUAAACUCAAAUUUUGGCAUUAUAGGACCAACAAGUUUGACUUACAGGCACACAAACACAAACAUAUGAAACUGUUUAUAGAUAUUGUUUUAAACAAAUUUACCUAUUUAACAUUGUAGCCUGAAAUUGCAGAAAGAAAAUAGGAUUUCCGGUUUGCAAAAAGGAAAAUUUCGCCGGCCUUCAAGCGCACCGGAAGCGCGGAAAGAGCGCUCGUGGCAGUCCUAAUCCGCGUCACACAUUAAAUGAAGAGCGGAGCGCUCGUUUCACCGCCCAACCUUUAUCCGCCCUGAUUUCUAUCGCUUGAAAGCGUUGAUUACUUUGGAACAAGUGAUUACGUCAAUGGUCGAAAAAGAGAAGAAUCUUAAAGAGCAAAACUUCGAUGGUGAGACAAUCUGGUCGGGUGUUGUAAACUUUUAUUGUAUGCAAAUGAAUCUUGUGAUGAGCAUGCGGUUUAUUUUUGGCGAUGAAAUGACGUGCCACGUUCAUCACGUUUUUUAUGUAAUUUCUCUCGAAUCGAGGCCCUUGAUUUUCGUGUAUUUACACAUGCGUACUCACACAGGGUCGAAAUUAUGCGAUAUAAAAAGUAACUAUCUUGAAAAACUACUCGACUGUCGAUAAAGUAGGCAGUGAAAACGUUUAGCCGAGCGAGGAAAUCCUGAUUCAUACAGAAUUAAUGGCCUCGUCAUUUCUUAUCUAAAAUCCUCUAAGCAAGCGAGACUAAACGCUACUAAACGCGUUUUAGUUUAUUUUCGGAUAGCCGUGAACUGAUUAUGAAGAAUAUAGCCCUGAGGGUGUAGUUUGCAGGUUGGAAUUUGAGAAAGAUUUAAAAGUCCUAAAUGUUUUACAGAUCUUCCCGAGCCCCUAAAGCAGGACAUUACAAUGAUGUUUUCGGAUAUCAUAUUCUUGACAGGGUCACACAAAACUGGAUAUAUCAAAUCUCAGUACUGUACUGAAGAUCCUUUAGUUCCAGACCUUUCAAGGCAAGAAGGAAGGUCUUACGUUUUACAUGUAAACUAGGAGUAAUCGGAGCUUAGGAGAGUGCGUUCGUGAAAACGUUUUGAAGGCUAGUGAGCAGCGUGAUAUCGUAUGGUUCGUCUCAAAUGCUUGUUAUUUGAGGAGACACUGGCCAGAGUGCUCCGGGCGUGUAAAAAGACGUUUUUGUUUUUUUGGCGCAAUAGAUGCUCUACAGGGCGCAGUUGUUCGAAGGCCGAUCACCGCUUAACCCGGGUUUCUUUUUCUUUUGUGAAAAAACAUUUCUUUGGAUAAUUUUCUCAGUUAUUUUUAAGAGCGUCCAGUCAUCAACUCGUUGGCAAAAUGAAGCUUUCACAUCUGAGUUCAAAUUUCGCACUAACCCUCCUCGCCUGGGUUAUCUUAACCCAGCUUUGAACAACCCGGCCCAGGUACUGUUAAAAAGUAAACAGUUGACAAAGUUUUAGAUAUAAUCAUUAAUUUUAUUUAAUAUUGGGAAUUCCACAUGUAGAAAAUUUAACUGAAAUAUAGUAUAAAAUGCCGGAAACCGUUACUGGCAAGUCUUCUUAACUUGUGAUGAUAUUAAAGAACGACCCAAGACCACAUUUUUGUGGUGAAUGCCGGUGCACAAUGAUUGUGUUUGAACACCCAACGCAAAUUAGGGGUUGCGUUCUCGUACCUCGAACGCAAAAAUUGUUUGGAUGCAGUUAGAUUUCGCAUCCCUCUUUCUACAAAGAGGUAACUGAGCUUUGAAUUCAAUGACUGGCAAUAGUACCACACUGCACUAUAUAUAAAUCAGAAUUUCUCAAGCGCAGUUGGAAUUCGAGAUCAUAUAUUUUUGUUUUGUCUUGUCGUUUAAAACUAUAACGAAUGGUGACAAAAAAAAAAAGAACGGAUGUUGAAAUUUCCGGUGGUUAAUGAUCUACUCUCCAAGUGCCGGCUGUCCACGGCGUGCAUCCAACAUGGAUUUCAUCGAAAUUUAUUUUUGCUUUUAAACCGAUAUCAAACUUUCUUUUGUGUUUAGUCGAGUUGCACAUAUAAAUUGGGUCACCAUCGCUGUGUAAUUUCCAUUUCUAUCGUAGGUACGGCACACGGCGAUAGCGACGAGGAACCGGUCUUUUCUGUAACUAUGCUAGCUUUGCCAGGGGCGAUGAGAUGGACAGCAGCGAUGAAGGAGCAGCUGAUCUCACAAUUUUAAAACCUUCCUUCUUAAAAAAAAGACCUUGGACUAAAGAAUCGUUUUAUAGAUUUGAGAUUUGAUAUUUCCGGUUUUGCGUGACCCUGUCAAGAAUAUGAUAUUACCAAAACAUCAUUGUAAUGUUCUGUUUUAGGACCUCCGGAAGAUUUGUAAACCAUUCAGGACAUUUAACUCUUUUUCCGAAUUCUGACCUGCAACCUGCAACCCUAACCUGCAACCUGCAACCUGCAACCUGCAACCUGUAACCUGACACGUGAAACCUGCAACCUGCAACCUGCAAAUUACACCCUCCGGAAUAUAGCCCAGGGUAUUUUAAAAGCAAGCCAGGAACGGAGAAAUAGUUUGAAUAAAUAAUACUGAAAUAGAUUUACGUGAAAAUUCAUUGCAGUUAUGUAUGCGAAAAGAAGGCUAGCUUUAAUGAAAAGAAACAGUCUUGAGUGGCAGACAUAACCUCUGCGAUAGCGUGCGUAGGAAGGGGCGCGUUUCUCGCGCGAGUUCGUCAAGGUUUCCACUUUUCCCCUCCUUCGAACUUCCAUGUAUUUUCUUGCAACUUUCACGCAAUAUGUGGAUUGGAACGCGCCUGCUGCACAGGCUACUUAUAAUAUUAAUCAUAAUGAAAAUUAUGAUAAACAAUAACAGUUGAUAAUAAUAUCCUUAUUAAUAAUGAACACAAAUCACUGUAACUUUUCUUUUUGUUGAUCUACAGCUACAAGACCUGGCUGUAAGUCCGGAUAUUCGGGAUCCUUCUUUGAACACAGCUCAAUGUGUUACACUGGGUCAUAAGUCAUUCAGUUACGGCGAAGGACAUAGUGCUGACAACAUAUUUGUAGUUGCACGCUUUAUCUUUGAAGUAAGCACUAGCCUUAUUUUCACUUGGGCGGUACUCGGCAUAAACAGAUUAAGUGGCAUGGAUGAAAACAUAGUAAGUGCCAUGUUUUUAUCGAUUCACUUCUUGUCAGUACUAUGCAGUGUGUAUUUUUUUGUUGUACGUGGAAUCACUUUGCAUUUGUCCGUCAACUAUUUCUUUACAACUUACGGUCCCUUGAUUUCAUGUAUUUUCUUGCACCUUGGUAAUGAUUCAUUCACGCACCUGUAUUCAUCGGAUGUUCCUGAAGAAUUUAUUCCAGUAAUAAUUUUCCUAUAUGUAUUUGGAGGAAAUGCAAUAAGCUCUAUAUGUUGCUGGCUUUUAAUUGGGAUAAGAAUCAAUCCGUCAUGGGGUUUGACUGUUGCUCUCUCUGUCAUCUCUACUUUAGCUGCAUCGACUUACGGCGUGUACCUUUACCUGGAGGUAUCCUACCCAAACGGUUAUAACAUAAGAGGGCGCGAAAUUACACUUAAAGCCCUUUUAUGGGGAACUUAUUCUUUGCCUAACCCUUCUUUUCGCUCGCGUUCUGACUCGAGAGAUGACAACAGUCAAAGGAAUAACACGGAUGCCCCAAACCGAGUUAUUGCGUUUUUAAAGUCCUAUACUUUUUCGGAACGCCAGACAACUAUGGUUGUUUGUGUGACGGGAUGUAUUGCUGUGGGGUGCCUUUUUGCCGUGGUAGUUCUACCAGGGCCCUCAAUUGGUGGACAGACGGCUGCAGAAGAAUUCCUUAAAACCUCCUCUUUAUAUUUUAUUACUGCAUUUAUAGCUUGGGCUACGUGGCGGAAGCAUGCUUCUAUCGAACUUAUUUUUCGUGCUCCUCCCCUCGAAAAUGAAAGACCCCAGAAUCCUGAAGGACAGGACACUGACCGUCACAUGCACUGA